AUGACCGAUGCGGCUGUGUCAUUCGCUAAGGAUUUCCUCGCCGGCGGAGUGGCGGCCGCCAUCUCCAAGACCGCCGUCGCCCCCAUCGAGAGGGUCAAGCUGCUGCUGCAGGUGCAGCACGCCAGCAAGCAGAUCGCCGCCGACAAGCAGUAUAAGGGCAUCAUCGACUGCGUGGUGCGCAUCCCCCGGGAGCAGGGCGUCCUCUCUUUCUGGCGCGGCAACCUGGCCAAUGUGAUCCGGUACUUCCCCACCCAGGCCCUCAACUUCGCCUUCAAGGACAAGUACAAGCAGAUCUUCCUGGGUGGCGUGGACAAGCGAACCCAGUUCUGGCGGUACUUCGCCGGUAACCUGGCAUCCGGGGGUGCUGCCGGCGCUACCUCCUUGUGCUUUGUCUACCCCCUUGACUUUGCCCGAACCCGCUUGGCAGCGGACGUGGGUAAAGCUGGAGCUGACCGCGAGUUCAGUGGGCUCGGUGACUGCCUGGUCAAAAUCUUCCGGUCAGAUGGCCUCAGGGGCCUGUACCAGGGCUUCAGUGUCUCUGUCCAAGGCAUCAUCAUCUACAGAGCUGCCUACUUUGGCAUCUAUGACACCGCAAAGGGUAUGCUUCCAGACCCAAAGAACACCCACAUUGUUGUCAGCUGGAUGAUUGCUCAGACUGUCACUGCUGUUGCUGGUUUGGUCUCCUACCCUUUUGAUACCGUUCGUCGUCGCAUGAUGAUGCAGUCUGGCCGCAAAGGAGCUGACAUAAUGUACAGUGGCACUCUUGACUGCUGGCGGAAGAUUGCCCGGGAUGAGGGCACCAAGGCAUUUUUCAAAGGUGCAUGGUCAAAUGUGCUCCGAGGGAUGGGUGGUGCUUUUGUCUUAGUCCUGUAUGAUGAAAUCAAGAAGUACACAUAAGUCGUUUCUUGUUGUGAACUGGCAUGUUGUUAUAUGUACUCUAUGACUGUUCAUGGACUUGUUUGAAAACCAUCUAGUUACUAA